GCCACCGCAAUUAUUUUCCCUUCCCUCACCUCAUUCUGCCCCUCUCAUAUUACCUGGACUCCUGUCAGCCCCAGCGCGUGGCUCCCCUCACACGCCAGGCUCGCUGCAGGCAGCAGGACCUCUUCCUUCGGCUGCAAGGUCGUUCUCCUACACCGGCUGUGGCAUCUCCAGUAUUGGAGGCUUUAGGAGCUCUUAGAGAAGCAUCUAUAAGAGAUCGUGUCCUCCAAGAAGGAUGGCUGGCACCUUUGGUCGUCUCCUGGCUGGCCGUGCAACUGCUGCACUUUUUGCAGCAGCAGGCACAGGGGUACUCACCACUGGGUACCUCCUCAACCAGCAAAAUGUGAAAGCUGCUGUGCAUGAGAAGCGGAAGCUCUUCCCUCCCAGUGCAGACUAUCCAGAUCUUCGCAAGCACAACAACUGCAUGGCUGAGUGUCUCACCCCAGCCAUUUAUGCUAAGCUGAGGGACAAGCUGACUCCCAAUGGCUACAGCCUGGACCAGUGCAUCCAAACCGGGGUAGACAAUCCUGGCCAUCCUUUCAUUAAAACUGUCGGCAUGGUUGCAGGUGAUGAAGAAUCCUAUGAGGUGUUUGCUGAGAUUUUUGACCCUGUCAUUAAAGCAAGACAUAACGGCUAUGAUCCACGUACUAUGAAGCAUCAUACUGACCUGGAUGCAUCCAAGAUCACCCAUGGCUAUUUUGAUGAGCACUAUGUCCUCUCAUCACGUGUGCGCACUGGCCGCAGCAUCCGUGGCCUGAGCCUUCCUCCUGCCUGCACCAGGGCUGAGAGGAGAGAGGUGGAAAACGUUGUGGUAACUGCCCUAGCUGGGCUGAAGGGAGACCUUGCUGGAAAGUACUACAGCUUGACCAACAUGUCUGAGAGGGAUCAGCAGCAGCUUAUUGAUGAUCACUUUCUCUUUGACAAGCCAGUGUCCCCUCUGCUGACAUGUGCUGGGAUGGCUCGUGACUGGCCGGAUGCCAGAGGAAUCUGGCAUAACAACGAUAAGACAUUUCUCAUCUGGAUUAAUGAAGAGGACCAUACCAGAGUGAUCUCCAUGGAGAAGGGUGGAAAUAUGAAACGGGUGUUUGAAAGAUUUUGCCGUGGCUUAAAAGAGGUUGAAAGAUUAAUUAAAGAACGGGGCUGGGAAUUCAUGUGGAAUGAACGCCUCGGGUACAUUCUGACCUGUCCAUCCAACCUGGGAACUGGUUUACGUGCUGGAGUCCAUGUCAAGCUGCCCAAGCUUAGCAAGGAUCCUAGGUUUCCAAAAAUCCUGGAGAAUCUGAGGCUGCAAAAGCGUGGCACUGGUGGGGUGGAUACUGCAGCUGUAGCAGACGUGUAUGAUAUCUCCAACCUGGACCGCAUGGGUCGAUCAGAGGUGGAACUAGUCCAGAUUGUCAUUGAUGGGGUCAAUUACCUAGUUGACUGUGAGAAGAAACUAGAAAAAGGUCAAGAUAUUAAGGUGCCACCACCACUGCCACAGUUCGGCAGGAAAUGAUCUUGCUGCUGAUGACUGGUAAUUGGCUGCCCUUCUGACAGAAAGGCACCUCUGUAUAUCUCUGUACAAAUAGCUUGUGUAAUAAAACACUGCCUGAUA